AUGAGCAGAAGGCGGUUGAAAACUCUCCUCUGGCAAUCAAUUUCCGCCAUAUCUCCGUCCCCUCUGAAGCCCAACCCAUUUUUCUCCACAAACCCAUCACAACCAUUCCCUUCUCCAUCCAAAUCCUCCCACCAAAGUCUAAAGCUUUGCUUCCCCAGAUUACUUUGCGCUUCUUCGCAGGACAAUCUCGAUGGUCUGGUCGAUCCCAACUAUUUGUUCAAGCCGGAGAGUUCUGGAGUUGAGUCUAUUUCGGCAGAGGAAUUCGCCUCUCUGCGCGAUUCGGUGUUGGAUACCAGUGCUGGUGGUGGGUCUUCGAUACCAAAAUUUGAAUCCGCUAAGUUUUCUAACAAUGCCAUUUUGAUUUCGAAUGCUAUCAGGAAUAAUAAUGAUGAGUUUGAUGAACGAAGAAGUAAACAAAUUGGGUAUAGUCACACUGCUCCCUUGUACAACGCGUUGUUAGAGUUAUUGGAGUGUGGUAAUAAGAGGGUAGCGGAAUAUUUUCUGCAAGAAAUUAAGGGUGAUGAUAGAGAGGUGCUUAGGAAGUUGCUUAAUGUGUUGAUUCGGAAGUACUGCCGAAAUGGGUUGUGGAAUGUAGCUUUGGAAGAGCUGGGGAGGCUUAAGGAUAUCGGAUACAAGCCAACUCAAGCAACUUACAAUGCUUUAGUUCAAGUGUUUCUAGAAGCAGAUAAGUUGGACACAGCACACUUGGUCCAUGUGGAGAUCUUGGAUUCAGGGUUUAAGAUGGAUGAGUAUACAUUUGGUUCAUUUGUUCACACCCUUUGCAAAGCUGGGAGGUGGAAGGAAGCUCUUGCAUUGGUUGAGAAGGAAGAGUUUGUGCCCAAUACUAUUCUUUACACGAAGAUGAUAUCUGGGUUGUGUGAAGCUUCACUUUUUGAGGAAGCUAUGGAUUUUUUGAACAGAAUGUGA